UUAAACAAUCUAGUUCUAAAACCAUUUUAAAGUAGCGGUCCCCAGAGCUGAUCUCCAUAUGUUUCUAAAACCAUUGUUGAACCUGUUUGUGUCAUGAUCCAUUAUAGUUCUUUAUACAGUUGAAAUAUUCUAUUUUAGUCUAAAAUUCAUCUUUCAGAAAGAUGACUAACCCUAUCAUGAAGACAAAUCCAGGCAGGCUACAAAUAUUGCUUCUUUUGUUGCACUCUUACACCCUUUAUGAAGGGGCAGGGCUUGGUCUAAUGUAGUAAAUGUCAGUGAGAAUUAAUUAUCCUACUUUUGCACCCUUCCAAGUGCCAUUUCAACAUGGAAAUGACCAGGAUCUCUAAGAACUUCCAAGUUAGUUAUUUCCAUUUCUUGGCCAUGGUUAGCUGCCUGAGUUAACUAAACAUCCUGUGUAGCAUCUUCCAAAGGAGUAUGUAGGCAGAUAAAAAGCCUAAAGUUACAGCUGUUAGAGAACCUGCUUACUGAUGUUUCAGGCACUUUUCCAUCUUUUCCAGAGAGAUCCUGUUUCUCUGACCACAUUUUAUCUAAUAGAGAAGACAAAUAAUGUAUUUCAAGUCCCUAAAUACAUGGUGCUUAUACGAUUUUGCCUCAGUUCUCAAGUGCAUAGAAUAUAUAGUGUGCCUGCAUAAAAAUAUACUUGUGAACACCAUGACUAUUCUUUUAUAUGGUUGCCUAUGGACGAAAUCAAGCAGAUCUGAAAAUUUGUCAAUUUUGUGGCUAAUUAAUGGCUUAACAAGGCUUUCUUUAUCAAAUAAAUGCUGUAAGAUUGAGAAUUUAAAACAUUAGGGAAGGCAACAAUACAAUGGCCACUACAUUUCUAUCAUGUGGACCUAGCUACAGUUUACUAGACUUUUGAAGCACUAUGUUAUUGGCUGUGUUGUGUGAACUAUGCCCCAAAUGAUCUAUAGAUAAUGAAGCCUCUAUCUCCAUUUGUUCUUCUCAAUACAGUCUCUUUCAAUGCAUUCACUGGCACUCACUCUUGGUGCAGCCUCUAUGAUUGACUAUUAUCAUGUUUGCUUUCAUAUAAUGCAUGAUGAGUUGAUGAAUUCAACACUAGGUUUUAUUUUCUGCCACCCAUCUGUCUCCUAUAGUAGAAAGAAAAUUAUGUGCUAUUAGCCAGAGAUCUAGUUAUUGAUGAAGUUUAAGUUCAAAAGGAAAAUGCCUUGCAGCCAUGGAAAACUUGGUUUAUUUCACUUGACUGAUAUUUUCUCCUAUGUAAAAAUCUCAAACUUCUUAGAUUCCCACCACUAAGAUCAUCUUAAUCUUUUAAGAUAUGUUGCUUUUGAAUCCUAUUCUUAAUGUUGGUAGAUACUCGUGGUUAGAUUCUGCCUUCAAUUAGCAAAAGUAAACAGUUCAUUAUCUGUUCAUUAUGCCAAGUUAUGAAACAAAUUUUGUUUGCCUGGUACAAACCUAGAAGGAGAUUUUUGCUCAGUAAUUGAAAUUUGGAAAACCAACAUCUGCUUGCACUCAAAAACCAGGCUUAAAUUUUUGGACAUUGCCCUCGGAAGGAAAAGUAGUAGG